GGCGCUUGGCGUCACCUGCUCUCCCGGCCCUGCCCCGGGGCCGAGGGACCGCGACCCGAACCCGCUCGCGAACCCGCCGCCUCGCAAAUGAACCUCUAGGCUUGCUUUGAAAAAGGCCACUUUGUGUAACUUGACUGAAUAACUUCCUCACACACCUGUUGGGAGGAUUACUGACAGAGUAUGCCAUUGGAGAGGGAUUUCUGGUGACCAGAUACUGGUGAUUAGCGAAGAGAGGUGUUUUUGUGUUUGUGUUUUGUUUCCUGAGCAUUAUGAACAUUGACUUUUCACCCUUGAAGUAAAAAUGCUGAAAGCUGAGUCUUCAGGUGAACGGAGCACUCUCAGAAGUGCCUCUCCCCACAGGAAUGCAUAUAGAACUGAGUUCCAGGCACUGAAAAGUACUUUUGACAAGCCCAAGUCAGAUGGGGAACAAAAAGCGAAAGAAGGUGAGGGCUCCCAGCAAAGCAGGGGCAGGAAGUAUGGCUCCAAUGUCAACAGAAUUAAAAAUCUGUUUAUGCAGAUGGGUAUGGAACCCAGUGAGAAUGCUGCAGUCGUUGCCAAAACGAGGGGGAAAGGUGGGUCUUCAUCCCCUCAGAGAAGGAUGAAGCCUAAAGAAUUUUUGGAAAAGACAGAUGGCUCUGUUGUUAAGUUGGAGUCAUCUGUGUCUGAAAGAAUCAGUCGGUUUGACACAAUGCAUGAUGGCCCCUCAUACUCCAAGUUCACAGAAACAAGAAAAAUGUUUGAGAGAAGUGUGCAUGAGUCAGGACCAAACCAUCGCUAUUCCCCAAAGAAAGAGAAGAGCGGAGGGAGCGAACCACAGGAUGAGUGGGGCGGGUCCAAAUCCAAUCGAGGCAGUACAGAUUCCUUGGACAGCCUUAGCUCUCGCACUGAUGCUGUCUCCCCAACUGUGAGUCAACUGAGUGCAGUGUUUGAGAACACCGAGUCCCCCAGUGCCAUCGUUUCGGAGAAGGCAGAAAGCAGUGAGUACUCAGUGACUGGGCAUUAUCCCUUGAAUUUGCCAUCUGUCACUGUUACAAAUCUUGAUACCUUUUGCCACCUUAAGGAUUCUGAUUCUUGGUCUCCUUCGGACAAACAAGAAGUUGAUGCUGAGGAGGCUGAGAAGAGCAAUACAACUCCAGGCGCAGAAGUGCCGCCUCAGAGUACCUCCCUAGCAUCGCUGCCUAGUGAAGAGACACAGCAGAGCAAGGAAGCUGAGGAGGACUCCACGUCUAACCGAGACACUCCGAGCAGAAUUGACAGAGACGUUCCCGAAGAGUCUUGUGCUGAGAGUAAGGCAAUGCCAAGGUCUACAAUCCUUUCACCACAAAGUGAACCUUCAGGAGUUGCUGGAGCUAAUUUUGUUGGGAGUGAGGCAGCAAAGCAGCAGAGGAGAGAAAUGGCAACUGGUGGUCUCACCUCACCUGAUGCUUCUACGUCCAGCUAUGGAAGAGAAGAACCUGAAGACUUCGGUACUUUUGAGAGCUCCCAUGUGUACAUGCAUAGUGACUAUAAUGUGUAUAGGGUAAGGUCCAGGUAUAAUUCAGACUGGGGAGAGACAGGCACUGAGCAUGACGAGGAGGAAGACAGUGACGAGAACAACUACUAUCAGCCCGACAUGGAAUAUUCAGAAAUUGUCGGGUUGCCAGAAGAAGAUGAAAUCCCGGCAAACAGGAAAAUUAAGUUUAGUAGUGCUCCGAUUAAGGUUUUCAACACUUACUCCAAUGAAGACUAUGACAGGAGAAACGAUGAAGUUGACCCCGUAGCUGCAUCAGCCGAGUAUGAGCUUGAGAAGCGCGUAGAGAAGCUGGAGCUUUUCCCAGUGGAGCUGGAGAAAGACGAGGAUGGUCUUGGUAUAAGUAUUAUUGGAAUGGGUGUUGGAGCGGAUGCCGGACUCGAGAAGCUGGGAAUAUUUGUCAAGACAGUAACAGAUGGCGGUGCUGCUCAGCGAGAUGGCAGAAUCCAGGUCAAUGACCAGAUCGUAGAGGUGGAUGGAAUCAGCCUGGUGGGCGUCACACAGAAUUUUGCUGCGACAGUUUUGAGAAACACCAAGGGCAAUGUCAGAUUUGUUAUUGGGAGAGAAAAGCCGGGCCAAGUGAGUGAGGUGGCCCAGCUGAUCAGCCAGACUCUGGAGCAGGAGCGGCGCCAGCGGGAGCUGCUGGAGCAGCGCUACGCGCAGUACGACGCCGACGAGGACGAGGUAACCAUGGAGGAUUUCAAUAAACCACUCAGACAGUCAGCACUGUGCCAUGAAAUUAUGGGGAGCACUGUGGCUGAAAUGCAAGGAGUAUCUGGCAACUUCAAUAACAGUAACAACAAUUUCCUUAAGACAGGAGAAUAUGCCACAGAUGAAGAAGAGGAUGAAGUGGGACCUGUUCUUCCUGGUGGCGACAUAGCCAUUGAAGUCUUCGAGCUGCCUGAGAAUGAAGACAUGUUCUCUCCGUCAGACCUGGACACAAGCAAGCUCAGUCACAAGUUUAAGGAGUUGCAAAUCAAACAUGCAGUUACAGAAGCAGAGAUUCAAAAAUUGAAGACCAAGCUCCAAGCGGCAGAAAAUGAGAAAGUGAGGUGGGAGCUGGAAAAAACCCAACUCCAGCAGAACAUAGAAGAGAACAAAGAAAGAAUGUUAAAAUUGGAGAGCUACUGGAUCGAGGCUCAAACUUUAUGUCACACGGUGAACGAACAUCUCAAAGAGACACAAAGCCAGUAUCAGGCCUUGGAAAAGAAGUACAACAAGGCAAAGAAGUUGAUCAAGGAUUUUCAACAAAAAGAGCUUGAUUUCAUCAAAAGACAGGAAGUAGAAAGAAAGAAAAUAGAAGAUUUGGAAAAAGCGCAUCUUGUAGAGGUUCAGGGCCUACAAGUGCGGAUCAGAGAUUUGGAAGCUGAUGUGUUCAGGCUACUGAAACAAAAUGGGACUCAAGUGAACAAUAACAACAAUAUCUUUGAGAGAAGAACAUCUCUUGGUGACGUCUCUAAAGGAGACACCAUGGAGAACUUGGACAUCAAGCAGACAUCUUAUCAAGAUGGCCUAAGUCAAGACUUGAAUGAAGCAGUUCCAGAGACAGAGCGCCUAGAUUCCAAAGCACUGAAAACUCGUGCCCAGCUCUCUGUGAAGAACCGGCGCCAGAGGCCCACCAGGACGAGGCUGUAUGACAGCGUCAGCUCCACAGAUGGAGAAGACAGUCUGGAGCGAAAGCCUUCAGACAGUUUCUGUAACCACAUGCAUGUUACCAAAUCAUUCCUACCAAAGGGCCUGAGAACUUCCCCAGAGUCAGAUUCUGGUGUUCCACCUCUCGAGCCAGUGGCUAGCCCCACACCCUUCUCGGCUGACCACAUAGCUGAGGUCCAAGAAGAGCACCCACACCCGCAAGAGGAGCCUUUCUCCUCUGUCUGGGGAGACACUGCACUCUCUUCUCUGGCAAACUGUGAACAUGAUACGGAAGAAUCUCCUUGCCUCCCUCAGGCCACCACCGAGAAAAUAGUACAGGAAACAGAUGAUGCCAAAUGUCCCAAGUCACUAAGGGCUUCCAGCUCAUUGGUGGUGCAAGGAGGAAAAAUUAAGCGGAAGUUUGCGGAUCUGGGGGCGCCUUUGCGAAGGAAUUCCAGCAAGGGAAAGAAAUGGAAAGAAAAAGAAGCCAGUAGGUUUGCUGCAGGUAGCAGGUAUGGGCUCUUCAGAGGCAGGCUGGAGAACUGGAAGCCCAAGCCGCAGUCAACAGCCCAGGCAGCCACCCAUUCCCCUUGCAUGCCUUUCUCGUGGUUUAAUGAAAGCCGGAAAGGAUCCUAUUCCUUCAGAAACGCGCCUUCACCUACAAGUCCCUUUCAGCCUUCUCAUGAGACUCAAAUUUCAGAUAAAACAAGGUCUAAGAAUUUCACUUUCAACGAUGACUUCAGCCCCAGCAGCACCAGUUCAGCAGACCUGAGCGGCUUAGGAGCAGAACCCAAAACCCCAGGGCUGUCUCAGUCCUUGGUACUGUCAUCAGAUGAGAGCCUGGAUAUGAUAGAUGACGAGAUCCUUGACGAUGGACAGUCUCCCAAACACAGUCAGUAUCAGAGUCGGGCCGUUCAUGAAUGGAGUGUGCAGCAGGUUUCUCACUGGUUAAUGAGCCUAAGUCUGGAGCAGUAUGUAUCUGAAUUCAGUGCCCAAAACAUCACUGGAGAGCAGCUCCUGCAGUUGGAUGGAAAUAAACUUAAGGCUCUUGGAAUAACAUCAUCCCAGGAUCGAGCAGUGGUCAAAAAAAAACUGAAGGAAAUGAAGAUGUCUCUAGAGAAAGCUCGGAAGGCCCAAGAGAAAAUGGAAAAACAAAGAGAAAAGCUAAGGAGGAAGGAACAGGAGCAAAUGCAGAGGAAGUCCAGAAAGGCAGAGAAGAUGACAUCAACCGCCUCGGAGGGCGCUGGUGAGCAGUAAAGUUCGGCCUCUUCCUGCCUGCCCCAUCUCUAGUGGAUGAAGAAGAAACUGGUGUUGGGGGUAAUGCUGCUCGAGGCUGACUGAGGAACCGUGUAUUAAGUGACUGCAUUUUCUGCAAUAAUAAAAUGCACUCUUAAAUUUGUCCUCCUGAAAUAACCCCAAGCCACAUUUGGUUUAUUAGCAAACCAGAGAUCUCAUUUGUGAGAGAUACAAAGUCCCUAAGUCUCUCCCCUCUCCUACUUAUCAGCAUCCUGUGUUGUGUUCAUUCCUUUGUGCCACUUGGAGAACCUGCCAACUAGAGCACAGACCCCUGGUGUUGCUAAUGGAGCGCCUAGGACGGUCAGGAUGGGAUCCUGAGCCUGGGCAGCUAUCCUGAGAUCUGGUAUCUGUACUGCUUCUGGGGCUGCAAGAUCUAGUUCAUGUGUGGGAGAGGCUCCCUCUCAGUUCUGUGACCGGACAGUGAGCUUGUUCUGCUGCGGAACUGUGAACGUGCUGCUGCACAAUUAUCUACGCAGGUAAAGAGCACGCACACUGUUCUGCUUGCUGGGCAUCGGAAAGGGAGAAAGAAUUAUACUUAUUUAACUAUACAAGGAAGAAAAUGCCUUAAGAAUUUGUAUGUGGUAACACCUAGUGUUUCUGAGGGUAACAUUUAUCCUCUGGAUAUUGCUAAAGAAAGAAAAAGUCAGACCUUCCUGCAGCGAUGGGAGGUUGGGAUCUGUUGUUUACUCUGUUACCGCUGAGUGUUCAGUAUUUUAGCGACACUGGCAGACACAGUGCAGUUCUUCUUCCCCAGCAAAUUGAACAGGAAAUUGAUUUUUAAGAAAAACAACAUUUUCAGGUUUCUUCUCCUAAGGAACAUUCCAGCUGGUCCUUAUCCUGCCUAUGACACAACCAGCAACUUGUCACUUAUUUUCUACUCAAAAUUUCCCAAAUGAUCUCAGUGUUUCAACACAUGUACUUUGAAGAAAAAACAGAAAUACCAGUAAAAGAAUGUUUAGAUUUGAGUAACAUUCAACCAUGGAACCAUACAGAAUGUUCCUAUAAAGAAGAGCUAUCAGUUACAUUUAAGAGAUAUUUUGGAUUGUUUCUCUGAGCCAUUCUCUUCAUGCCCUAGAGAUUUCCACUUAGCAGUUUGUUUAAGGCAGUGUAUGGAAUACAUUAUUGCACUGGGAGAACAUAUGCUUAUUUUAAAGCCAGUGUUAAAUAUCUUGGUAUUUGACCAAACUGAAUCGGAUGCAGGAGACUGGGGCAGAAAGCAGAGAAAAUAAGCCCAUCUUGAGAAAUUCCAAAGGACAGGGCUUCUUUAAUUGUCCUUUGUUUUGCUCCUUGCGCUUACUCUCAUUCUCUUUGCUGCACAAGUUCUAAAACUGAGGUCAUCACUCUCCUGCCGACAAGAUUCAGAGAAGGACUUGAGGCCUCAAGGGUCCUUAGACGGAUGCCUCUCCUGCUGUGUGGCAGGGCGUCCUGCUCUGCUCCGAGCGCUGGCCACUUGUCCCCUGCAGGUUUUCUGCAUGCAGAGACCGUAAGGCAGUCUUCCCCGGGCAGCCCUGCACAUGUCAUGUUUAACAUUGCGAGUUUGCUUGUUAUCAUUAUUUUAAUACCCAAGUUUUGGAAUUAAGGUCUGUCUCCUGUUCUCUGCCAGAGAAUUGUCUGGUUAGCUUCAGCCCUUUUGUCAUUUGGUCUCAGAAAUGUUGACAUGAGGUAGUACUAUGUUUAGGAUGACGAGAGUCAUUGUUACAUUUUUUGUCUGUCUUCACAAUGAAAUUGCUAUGCCAGAUACCUAUUAAUACAUUGAGAUAGCUGAUGCUUUGCUGUUUGUUCAUAUCACUAGAAACCAGGAGCUGCUGUUAAUGAACUUCAAAAGUCAGCAAGUCUUCCCUCAUACAGAAGACUAAAUUAGAUUAGGAUAAAUUAAUUUAUUUAAUCUUUAAAGAUUAAGGUUAAAUUAGACAAUAUCUGUUAAUAUUUGUGCUUGCUAUUAUAAACUUUUUCCAUGUUUGUUUUUCUUUGGAGAAAAGAAGUAAUCUGGACCACACUGGAAACUUCACUGUAUUGAUUCCAAGAGUGGAAAUAGAAGGAUGAUUAUUUUAUGUUUACACUUCAGUUAUAUUUGAUAAUGAAUGUAUAUAUUGGAAAUGUCUAUGAGUUUGCCCAUAAUAUAUGAUCUGUUGUAUUUUCUUAAAUGUCAUAGAAGUAUUGUUCUGUACUAUAACUUGUUCAUUUCAUUGUUCAGAUUAAUAUCCAACUGAAAUGUUAAAAAUCAAAUUAUUAUUCCUCAGAUUAUUUGCUUUGUAUUGUAACCACUUUGAUUUUAAUUAAAGUACAGCAAUCCUAAAUAUAAAUGAGUUAAUUUAACCUUACUACUUAAAACUGCUGAAAUGGUAAAAGGCACUUGACUGAUUGUUCCACAAAGGACAAAGUGUAAACUGUUGGUUACAAAGUGAAGGACCUCAGAUCUUGUAAGCAUUUUGUUUUCUUAUUAUUUAAUGAUUGUACUGCAUGAUUUCUAAUUAAGAUUCUAAUGUCUUGCACAACUCCUAUUUUAAUACUAGUAUUUUCAGUGUUUCUAUAAUUUAACAUAGACUUUGCAUUUUUAUUAUCAAAAAAUGAAUAUAAAGGGAAUAUGAGAUUACUUUGAAGUGUAUUGUGGUGAAGAACAGCUCCCCAUGGCUAUAACAGCAGCCAGUGGUGUUCUGGGUUGUGGGUCAUGCUUUGGAGGGAAGGGUGUGUGGAGAGACGAACCUGUGGACAGUGAGCGCUGUGGGAAUGGCGAGCUGUCAGGUUUCCACUACAGAGCUUUAUGACAGAUUGCUUUGCCUAAGGCUCUUCUCUUGUGUAAUAACCUCCUGCUCUCUUCAGGGGCACUGAGUCAGAAGCAUUCCUUCAUGUUCCCUUAGAGCAGAGACCCUGCAUUGUCUGUUUUAAUUCUCUGAGGAAGUCUGCCUGUGCUUUUCAUGACAAGGAGAGUUCUCUGUGGCUGUCAUCCUGUAGCCAGGUCCAGCUAUCCCCAGCCCCACCCCCAGCCUUACUCUUCAGACCCACCAGUUCGUGACUGCAGUCUGAUGGGUACUAAUGGCACUACUUUCAGGUGGCGCACAAUGGGGACUUCUUUCUGUGCUUUUUUACUGUUGGGAAUAAAACGGAAAGUGAGAACGUGUUACCCCCAGCCACAACCUGUGAACCCAUGGCUGCUUAACUAGGAACCCUAAAAUAUUCUAGGCCCAAGUUACAAGGAUGUUCACAGGCUGUUUGAUCAAGCAACAGAGCUAGGAUUUCUGCUGAAGACAGAGUGACCUCACAGGUGUUCUUUGUGCAUUAAGAUUAACAUAUUCUUGAAACUUAGAUUCUAAGAAGGUAAAUGAAAAAUUGUAUUUAUUCAGAUAUUGUAAAUCAUUUAUGACUGUGGAAGGUAAGAAUAGACUGAGCUUCCAAGGACAGAGUUAACUAGUAUGUUCAGGAAAAUUCUGGAAGAAAGAGUCCCAGCCCUUCCAAAACAAACAUCUGUACUUGGGAAAUGUUGUAGCCUUCUUAUUACACAGAUACUUUUAAACUACCAAAUUUCACCUGAGUAACUCCAGGUAUGCCCAGUGGAGCUGGAGACCAGGGGCAUGCCACUUGGCUGGGUGGCAGUCAUCUGCUUUAACACUGAAAAGGUAAGCUGGAAGUGAAAAGCCCACCUUCUUCAUCUUUUCUAAUUCACUUUUAAUCAAGGCCCUACUAGUGCUCAAUGCUAAGGCUGAUUAUUGAAGGAUGAGGUACAGAAGUAAUAUUUUCUGCCAGAAUUGUUCACAUGACAAUGGGGCAAGAGAGGGCACAUUUUCAAAGGAAAACAGCAUGAUGGGAAAUCUCAACGUGCCUCACACAUCUCCUAAAAACUAGCCUAAGUGUGUUGGCAGAUUGUGUUGGCAGUUUUCUUGAAUAUUUCAGGGUCUCAGGAAAUACACCAUUGAUCCAAAAUACCGGUGCGGGGGCCAGGAAACAAAGCACAUUUUAAUAACUUGAAGUAGCAGCAUAGAAUAAGCCCAACUGAGAACUGGAGGGAAGAGAAAAAUGCCUGCAGAAUAAAUUCCUCCUGGGAACUAAGGCAAGGCCUUUUUAUGGCAGGUGGAAGGCCUUUGUCCACAUGUGCAUAAGCAGAUAUUAUAAAUCUCAGUGGGUUUGCUGAGCGGAUGACUGGUGCUUAAAGUUUCCCGCAUGGAACCAUGUGCACCAAGCACAGCCUAGGAUCUGAUCCUCAGAGCAGGGCGACAAAGAAACAGGAUGCCCUCCAGCCCUUGGCCCCAGCUCCCAAAGCACGUGGGGUUCAGCAGCGAAAGAGAGGUAAGGAAUAAGAACAACAGAGGAUUUCUCAGUAAUAUGCAUGCCAUUUGUGUACAUGUUGAGAAUUACAUAUGUGUGAAUAUAUUUCCCACCUUACACGUGCACAUCACAGUCCAUGGCAUAAAAAAUACUAAAUAUGGAGCCUGGUGAUGUCAGUUAGGACUCAGAGCUGCAGUGACAGCCGUAUUGGCAGUUUUUGUGAUGCCUGUAGCCUAUUGAUUUUAAGAUUUUUUUUUUAAAUUUUAAGUAUUACUACUAGAUGCUCUUAUCCUUUCACAUGUUUAAAUAUUUUGGUAAAAUUGAUUUAUUAUAUACUUGGUAUUUUAGUAAGAUAAAAGUUUCUCAAGUGUUUGGUUCAUGCUUUCGUGUCAAGAUUGCACAUUUUUGAGUUAGAGCUCAGAAGAUAUUUAUGCAGCUUUGGGCAUUUUCAACUGUGAACCACAGUUUUCUUGGCUAAAACUUGCACUGUGUUCUUGUGCAUUGACUUCUAAUAUGACACCAAUCGCUGUGAUACUAAAGUCACUACUGCCUCUGAUGGCGAUGUAGCCAUCACAUGACCAUUUAUUUACUUACUGUGCCAAAUAGUGGCAUUUUGGUCAUCUUAUGCUGGGGAAUGGCAUUUUGGUUGUUACCAAAAAUAAACCAAAAGGCUGUAAGCGUAUGUUAUUGGAGGGUGAACACUUCUGUCUCAUUCAGGUGUUUUAUUCAUACAACUAGGUUUUCUCUUAAGGAUUAAAUCAUCCAUUUGGGAAAGACCAAUUGGCCAGAAUAAUUGGUUAUCUGAAAAGGGCAAGAGGCACUUGAGCGUGUAACACCUCCCACAGCAUCAACUUUAGUUAGUGCGUAGUAGAAUUUCUUAAAUGUAGACGCAUAUGCUUUCCUUCGUACUAUUUAAUGUCAGAACUACUGCUUUUGUAUUUUUACUGGUGUUGCUAUAAACCACUAGUACACCUGCUACGUAUUACUAACAAAACUGGGCAGCUGAAAACUAAAGGAGAAUGAAUUCUGUUCUGUAAGGAUCUGAUUUACUUCCAUCUUUCUUGGCCAUGAAAGAGAAUUGUUUGAAAAUAAAUUUGAAUCCAAAGUGUAUGGGUCGCAUGUUACCUGAAACUUUUACUUUGUACAUUUUAAUCUCUGCUCAUUUGCAUGGAAGAGGCAAUAGUACAGCGUCUGAAUUGUUCUCUUGUGCUUGGUUAAUAUGUACCGUUUCAAAUGACAUUCCUUAUGCUUUGGUUUCCAGAGAUAUUCAAAGCAAAAUAUACCCGUGAACUUUUAUUUUCUGACCAAUCUCAAAAUACUUGUGAUUAAAUUUAAUUUGUUAGUGUAAAUAAACUUCUUGCCAAUGAGUAUUAUUGUUAGACAACGAAUGCAAUAAAAAGAGAAAUAUG